UGGUGGCCGGAGCAGAUGCUGAGCGGUGGGAGAGCCCUUCCCGCGCUGCCUUCCAGAACAUCUGGGAGAAUUGCUACACGGGAAAAUGAUGAAACAGGAAAGGAUGAGACCUCCUCUGGAAAAGGAAAGUACGUCUCAAAACCGAAGGCUAUUCCAUCUCUUGGACACAGGAAUAGAUUCCAUCCAUACGCAAAGGAAAAAAGUGCAGGCUCUGGAGAAAAGAAGACCCUUAACCGUAACAGAGUAUUCAUUAGCAACAUCCCGUAUGACAUGAAAUGGCAGUCUAUUAAAGAUCUUAUGAGAGAGAAAGUUGGUGAGGUUACAUACGUGGAGCUGUUUAAGGAUGCAGAAGGAAAAUCAAGGGGCUGUGGUGUGGUUGAAUUCAAAGAUGAAGAGUUUGUUAAGAAGGCACUGGAAACUAUGAAUAAAUAUGAUCUCAAUGGAAGACCGCUGAACAUAAAAGAGGAUUCAGAUGGUGAGCAUGGUCGCAGAGCAUUGCAGCGUGGGAGUGGGCCAUAUACAGGAGGACAUGGCCCUGAUAUAGCUCCUGGGUUGAUGAAUUUACCACCCUCUAUUCUUAAUAACCGAAACAUUCCUCCUGAACUGAUCAGCAAUCUGCAGGCUGGCAGGCUUGGAUCCACCAUUUUUGUUGCCAAUCUUGACUUCAAAGUUGGUUGGAAGAAGUUAAAGGAGGUCUUCAGCAUUGCUGGGACUGUAAAACGUGCAGAUAUCAAGGAAGACAAAGACGGCAAGAGUCGAGGAAUGGGAACGGUGACCUUUGAGCAGCCCAUUGAAGCCGUUCAGGCAAUAUCUAUGUUCAACGGACAGUUCCUCUUCGAUAGACCCAUGCAUGUGAAAAUGGAUGACAAGUCAAUCCCUCAUGAUGAUUUUCGUGUAGCAGACAGCAAAACACCCCAGUUACCCCGUGGCCUGGGAGGCAUUGGAAUGGGCCUUGGACCUGGUGGGCAGCCAAUCAGUGCCACGCAGCUGAGCAUGGGGAGCGGCAUGGGCAGCGUGGCCCCGGCAGGUAUGGGAGUGGAUGGUCCCGGCUUUGGAGGAAUGAACAGAAUGGCUGGCGGGGUUGGUGGAUUUGGCGGCAUGAAAGGAAUGGCAAACAUGGGAGGAUUUGGCGCAGUCAAUCGAAUGGGAGGGAUGGGCAGCGUGGACGACUUCAGAGGGAACAUUGGUACUGGCAUGACUGGUGGCCUGGGAGCAGGCAUGGGAGGGAUGGCAGCCGGCAUGGGAGAAAUGUUCCGUGGUGGAAUGGGGGGCAGCCUCGAGAGAGACUUCGCCCGGAGCGACAUGGCCAUGAGCCGUGGCUUUGGAGACUCCUUUGGAAGGAUGGGUGGUGCAAUGGUUGGUGGUUUUGCAGGAGGAAUGGGAGCUUCUAAUAUGGGCCCAGUAGGAUCUGGAAUGAGCAGCGGAAUAAGCGGCAUGAACAGCAUGACAGGAGGGAUGGGGAUGGGGAUGGGCAUGGAGCGGAUGAGCUCCACUUUCGACCGGAUGGGCCCAACCAUGGGGAGCGGCCUGGAGAGAAACCUGGAGAUGGAACGAGGGUUUGUUCCUGGCCCAAUGGGAAGUGGCGUCAGAGACCGAGUGGGCACCAAGGGCAACCAGAUAUUUGUCAGAAAUCUUCCUUUUGAUCUGACCUGGCAGAAGCUGAAGGAAAAAUUCAGCCAGUGUGGUCAUGUAAUGUUUGCAGAAAUAAAAAUGGAGAACGGGAAAUCGAAAGGCUGUGGAAUAGUCAGAUUUGACUCCCCAGAAUCAGCAGAAAAAGCCUGUAGAAUAAUGAAUGGCAUAAAGAUCAGUGGCAGAGAAAUUGACGUACGUUUGGAUCGCAUUGCAUAAUUUAUAAUUAAAUGUCCAGGAACAUUCCUUUUGUCAGUUUAGCUUCUCUCUUCUCUCUCCCCUCCCUCCCCACACCCUCUAGAAAGUCAUUUUUACUAACAUUGUAUGCUUUACUUGAGUUGGAAAAAAGAAAACUUUUAGAGCCCACCAGCCUUUAACAGUAUAGUGUUUAAUAUACUGUGAACUUGUUAUCUGACUCUUACUACAUUUUGGGUUUUAAGGAGAACUUUCCUGACUUGUUCAGUGGUAUGAACUUCCACACCUUCUCCUGCCGUCUAGAAGUGGUGGGAUUCCAUACCUCUCCAAAAUCAUGCUAAGUGUCUCUAGUCAUUCAGUUUAAAUGAAUGGUUCUACUGUUUUUAAUAAAACAAGCCAUUUUCUCUGUUUAAUAAAACCUGUAUACUGGGA